UCAAGGAUGCUGAGUAUAUCGGAAUGGUUUUUGUGGCAGUUCAAUUGGUUCUCAACUUCGGAUACCGCGGCUGUGAUCAACAUCAUGAAACCCCUCAUCGGUCUCCCUGCACAACACCGUGUGGCUGGAUCCAACGCCGCUUUCGUCUCCACCUUCUCCGGUGACGGCUUCGAUUGGUCCGCCGUUCGUUCUGCCUUUCCCUCUACCCCUCUAUAUAUCGUUCCCAAUUGGCAACCUUCGUCAGACAACGCAAGGAACGCUGGAGUGGAUGGGCUGUUUAGCUGGUACGCUUGGCCGAGCGUCGAUAAUGGACCCGUGGAUAGAAAGAUGUCUACAGAUAAGGAUCAAGAAUAUAUCGGUCAGCUGAGUGGGGCGGGAAAAGCAUACAUGGCACCGGUUUCCCCUUGGUUCUUUACUCACUUUGGCAAGGAAGUGUCGUACAGCAAGAACUGGUUGUUCAAAUCCGAGACUCUCUGGUACGAGAGGUGGGAGCAGAUUCUCGACCUCGCUGAUCGGUCUCCAGAACUUCGGUACCUUGAGAUCAUCACCUGGAAUGAUUACGGCGAGUCUCACUAUGUCGGACCCUCCAACAAUGGGCACAGUGACGACGGCUCGGGACCGUGGACGGACGGGUUGUCCCACGACGCUCUCCUCGAGUUCGCUCGACCUUAUAUCACCGCCUUCAAAACUGGUUCCAGGAGACCGGUUAUCGAUCGGGAUAUGCUGGUCUAUUGGUACCGACCUCACCUCAAGGGCGUCUCUUCAUGCGAUGACACGGACAACUGCGGAGCGAGGCCUGCUGGUUGGGACAUCGUCUCCGACAGCGUGUUUGUCGCCAGUUUCAGUUCCAGCGGAGGUUCCGUCACCGUCAAGAGCGGGAACAAGGGAGAAGCCACCAAGAGUAUCGGGGCUGGCGUCAGCAUGAUGCAAUUCGACAUGGGCGCGGGAGAGCAGGUCUUUUCCUUGUCGAGUAGCACAAAGAAGGUUUCGGGGUCAGGAAGUAGCGCUGUGCUCAAUAGCUGCUGGAAAGGGCUGUAUAACUUCAAUAUCCAAUCAGGGUUGCUACUGUGAAACGUAGAAACACACCAGGUUGUACCG